AUGCGACAGCGAUUGCGCCUGUUGGGUUUGCGACCCAAGCUCAGACCAGCAAGUCCACCUCAACCUAGAUACUUUUCAGCCAUCAAGCAGGUCAACGCCGUUGAAUCUCACUUCGACUCUGUGGAUAUCGAGAAUUUCAGACACUCGGCCUUCAAAGUCGGUCAUCCUCAAGUAUUCAAGCAGCCUCCGGAAUCGCGCAACCACAGACCACUCCCGGCGUCUACCAAAUGGUUCAAUCAAGAUGAAGCGAUUCAGUCGCCGUCCUCGCAGCAGCAGUCCUCCAUUUCCUUCACACCUUACAUGGACCAAUUUUCCCACCACAUGUUUUCCUUUGAGUUGAUGAGUCCUCAACUAUCCGAGGACACGGGCUUAGUUGUAGACACCACCAGCCAAUUUCUCACCUGGCUCGCCUCAAGUUCCGAUCCCCUCGGCGCAGUCUUGGCGGGCAUCGUGCACGCGGCAUCUCACCCAGACGCCUCCGAGCCCAGGUUUUCAUCCUUCAGCGCGCCGCUUCUGCUACUUCUGAAGGCAGCAGAGUUCAAUAAGCUGCACGACAAGAAGCUGAAGCAACUCUACAUAGCUCAGGCUCAACUACCAGAUCUCCCUCAAGAACUCCAGGAAGAUCUUCCUGUGCCUCGUAUCGUGAGAGAGGUGGGCAAGGGCGAUGUGUACAACUCAAGCAUAUGGCUCGGGCUCGAACCAACUUACACCCCUUUACAUCGCGACCCCAAUCCCAACCUUUUCUGCCAGCUUGUCGGCCACAAAAUCGUCAGACUGCUUCCGCCAUCAUCGGGGGAUCGCUUGUAUCGACGAGUCCAGAUGCAGAUUCAUCAAUCAGGGAACAGCCGCAUCAGGACGUCUGAUAUGAUGGAGGGCCGUGAGAGGGUUGUUCUCAAUACUGCUGUUUGGGGCAUGGAAGGCCCCGAAGACAUAGUAGAAGCAAGACUAGACCCCGGUGAUACUCUUUUCAUCCCAAAUGGAUGGUGGCACAGCGUGAAGAGUGGACAUCACGACGGCCGACUCAAUGCUUCUGUGAACUGGUGGUUCCGAUGA